ACAGCAACGGCGACCAAAUAGACACUACCGGCUGCCUUUAUCGAUUCAAGCCUUAAGGGGUGAAGAAAAUCCAAUGUGGGUUUUCUUUCGUCUCUAAAAUGGAUAAAUUACAGGGAGAGGAAGCACAUUAUCUAAAAAGGGCAGUAAAAGGUGGGGAUCUGGAUGUCCACCCUACAGAGAAAGCCCUGGUCGUUCAUUACGAGGUGGAAGCCACCAUCCUGGGAGAAUUUGGAGAGCUUAUGGUCGGCGAUCGCAAGGAGUGUCAGAAAAUCAUUCGUCUGAAAAGCUUAAAUGCCAACACAGAUGUGUCCUCUUUGGCAAAGAAGGUAAUCGAGGAAUGUAAGCUCAUUGAUCCAUCCAAAUUACCUGAGGUGGAGCACCUGCUCUACUUCCUGCAAAACCGCAGAAAGCCAAAAGACAAGCAAGCAAAGCAGCAGAUGUCACCCAGGGACCUCACACCAUAUGCAGGAAUGGAGUUGGACGAGGAGGCCAACAUCAACAACAUUGAUGACUACGUGGAGCUGUUGUAUGAGGACAUCCCAGAGAAGAUUAGAGGAGCUGAAACUUAUGCUGUGGAGAAGCUGGCCAGGUUGGUCCCCUGUGAGUACGAGGAGCUCCAGAAUACCACCUUACGCCUCCUCCUCAACCUCUCAUUCGACACGGGCCUUCGCAGCCAGAUGGUCCAAGCAGGACUCAUUCCCAAGCUCUCCUCAUUAUUAGCUGACGAGUGCCAGAGACAGCUGAGCAUGUGCAUUCUGUACCACAUCAGCAUGGAUGACAGAUUCAAGUCAAUGUUUGCCUACACAGACUGCAUACCACAGCUGAUGAAGAUGGUGUUUGAUUGUGGAGAGGACAGGAUGGAUGCCGAGCUCAUCUCCUUCUGCAUCAACCUUGCUGCAAACAAGAGGAAUGCCCAGGUCAUUUGUGAAGGUAACGGUCUGAAGAUGUUGAUGAAAAGGGCAUUGAAGCUCAAGGACGUUUUGAUGAUGAAGAUGAUUAGGAACUUGUCCCAACACAGUGGAUCUGCCAAAAACCUCUUUAUAGAUUAUGUAGGUGACCUGGCAGCUCAGAUCAAUGAGGAGGAGCCUGAGGAGUAUGUGAUAGAGUGCCUGGGCACACUAGCAAACCUGACCAUCCCUGACCUGGACUGGGAGUUGGUACUCAAGGAGUACAACUUGGUACCUUACCUCAAAGACCGACUCAAACCAGGUUCUGCUGAGGAUGACCUCAUCUUGGAGGUGGUGAUCAUGAUUGGAACCGUGUCAGUGGAUGACUCCUGUGCUGCCAUGCUGGCUAAGUCUGGCAUUAUCCCUGCCCUCAUUGAGCUUCUUAAUGCCCAACAGGAAGAUGACGAGUUUGUCUGCCAGAUUGUCUACGUCUUCUACCAGAUGGUCUUCCACCAGGCAACCAGGGAUGUCAUCAUCAAAGACACUCAGGCUCCUGCUUACCUCAUUGACCUGAUGCACGAUAAGAAUGCAGAGAUCCGUAAGGUCUGUGACAACACUCUGGACAUCAUUGCUCAAUAUGAUGAGGACUGGGGUAAGAAGAUCCAGAGCGAGAAGUUCCGCUGGCACAACUCCCAGUGGCUAGAGAUGGUGGAAAACCGACAGAUGGAUGAGGGAGGAGAACCCUUCAUGUAUGAAGAUGAUGGAGAGCCUUUCAUGGGAAAUGGGGAUAUCCUGGAGAGACCUGACCUCUUCUACAGUGCAGAUGGUAUUAUUCCAGCCGAUGGUGCCAUCAGUCCUGAGUUCUACUCUGACUUUCAAAAUGGAGACAUGGGACAGACCACCGGCUACAUUGGCAGUGUACCAGAGCACUUUGUUCCAACUGUUCCCAACCCAGGAGGACGGCCCGCCACAGCUUAUGGUUUCCGCCCCGACGAACAGUUCUUCUACAGUUACCAUGCUGCCGCCUCCCGGUGAAUUUGUAGCUACUGCUUGUACACACACACACACACACACACACACACACACACACACACACACACACACACAAACGAAAUCAAGCGUGUGCACCGAUAAACCUGUUUUACCAACAUUACAGGCUGUAUGUGCACAGCUGUGCUAGCAUUCUUUCAUCUCUCCCUGAGUGCUUCAGAAUUU